GCAUUAUUGGAGUCCGAGCUAUGUAUGCUGUAUCUGCAAUACUCUGUAGGGCGGAGACAGAUUUCCCUGCGGCUACGACAUGUCCGGCCUACGUCAUCAACGCCUGCCCACUGUGAACUUCUCUGAGACAAAGCUCGUUAGCUAGCUAAAACAGCAAAAAACAUGGACGUUGCCCAACAAUUGAAGAGCUCCGAGAAUGCCAUCCACUGUAUCGAUAUGCAUACAACAGGCGAGCCCACUCGCAUCAUAUACGGCGGCUACCCGGCACUAUCAGGCACGCUACUAGAACAGCGAGCGCAAGCGAAGCAACAGUACGACCACGUACGCCGCAAGCUCAUGCUUGAGCCUCGCGGGCAUAGGGACAUGUACGGCGCUGUCCUUCGUCAAGAUACAGAACACACGACAACCGGGAAAGCGCACAUCGGGGUGCUGUUUCUCACCAAUGAAGGCUACUCAACCAUGUGCGGGCAUGCUACCAUAGCUCUUGGCAGAUUCCUCGUAGACACCCAUGAUAAGAACGUUUUCCCUAGACGGGAUGAUGUGAAGCAUGAUGCGACUGCAAGAACUGCAAAAUUGGUUCUGCACGCGCCUUGCGGGCUUGUUGAAGUCACUGUACCUACAAAUGCCGAUGGUACCAAGUCGGAUCCCACAAGGCCUGUCUCGCACAUUUCUGUGCCCUCUUUUGCCACUGGACUGAACGUCCGAAUAGACAUCCCCAGCGAGUACCGAUGGCCAGGACUAGGUGAAAGAGCACACGUCACUGCUGAUUUCAGCUACGGAGGCGCAUUUUAUUGCCUUAUUUCUGGAGAGGAAUUGGGGUUUGCGAGUGGACUCAGCUCCGCUGUCGAUCUUGCUGCUAUGGAUCUCGCUACAAGAAAUAUCAAGGCUGCUGUCAACAAGGACCCCUCGCUGCGAUACCUCUUCACCCAUCCUGAUCAUGAGGACUUAGGGUUCCUGUACUCCGUAGUAGUUGUAGACUCUCAAGCGGGGACCCCACUGCCUGGCACAGCACGCGCUGAAGUUGGAUUGUGCUUCUUCGCAGAUCAACAGACAGACCGCUCGCCAACUGGGAGUGCAGUCGCCGCCCGGAUCGCUUUGGAAUCCGCGAAAGGCCUUGAAGAACCUGUGACCUACCAUUCCCUGGUAUCGCAUGCAAAUCGAGGUAGAGGGGGCUUUGCUGGCAAACUGUACGAACAAUUCGGGGCCACGAAUGAAGGUCUGCCGAUAGUUCGAGUGCAAGUCGAAGGAUUUGCAUCGUACGUCGGAACAGCCAGUUUCGUGGUCGAAGACAGUGACGCGCUGGGAGACGACGGCUUCCUCUUUGAGCGGCUGUGCAGGGCAGACGCCAUCAAAGAUCACGAUUGAGAUUUUCCUCUCGGGCUUGUUGGCCAGUACGCAUAGCGCGAUUUGCGGGUCACUUCCCACGUGUCGCC